CCCCCCCAGGCUUGUCAUUGGAGAGCACAGGAUGCAGCAGCUCCUGAUUGGUUCUUGCAGUGUCCCUGGGGGAAGGAGGACCAGGAGCUGGAGAGCUACUUAUUAGGCGACCAGAGGCUGAGCAGCUCAGAGUCCUGUCCAGCUACCUGCAAGCAGAGUCCAGAGGAGCUAAGCAGAAAAGACUUUCUGAGUUCUGCUAGUGUUGUUCUAUAGAGAAGACUAGAACACUUCCAUCUCUGGGACCCAUACUGCUGACAGAUUCUGUUCUUCGAACGUGAAGACUCCUGAGCUCUGCAAUAGAACGUUGCGACCAGUAGGGAGUCAUCAGACCUCCGAAACCAGAACAAGCAACCCGAGCAGCGCAGACUCAUAACUCCCAGACCUACCUUGGACAAAGCAGCCACUAGCUCUGACUGGACCUGGAGAUGGCAUCUGAAGCCCUGGAGAUCCUGGCUCUGUCUCUGUGCAUCCUGGGCUGGGUGGGGGUGAUCCUGGCGUGUGGGCUGCCAAUGUGGCAGGUCUCUGCUUUCAUAGAGAACAAUAUCGUGGUGGCUCAGACGAUCUGGGAAGGUCUGUGGAUGUCCUGCGUGGUGCAGAGCACCGGCCAGAUGCAGUGCAAGGUGUAUGACUCCAUCCUAGCCCUAAGCCCGGAGCUGCAGGCUGGCAGGGCUCUCACCGUGCUGGCCUCUAUCGUGGGGCUCAUCGGGCUGCUGGUCACCGUGGUGGGCGCCCAGUGCACCACCUGCUUCCAGGGCAAGAGCUUGAAGACCCGAGUGGUGUUCGCUGGAGGCAUUAUUUACAUCGUGUGUGGAAUCCUGGUGCUCAUCCCUCUCUGCUGGAUCGCCAACAUCGUAAUCAGGGAAUUCUUCGACCCCCACGUCCCCCCCUCCAAGAAGCGGGAGAUGGGGGCAGCGCUGUACGUGGGGUGGGCUGCCACUGCCCUGCUGCUACUCGGCGGCAUCCUGCUGUGCACCUCCUGCCAGAUUAAAGGACAAGGCAGCAUGCCUGUAAAGUAUGCACCCCCCAGGAGACCCCUCACUGCUAACGGGGACUACGACAAGAAGAACUACGUGUAGACAAAGACCUGGGACACUCACUGCUGGAGAGAGCACUCAACCACGAACUCACUGGCAUUGCCCUCUCCUCCUCUGGGUCUCUCUAUCUGCACUGACAGUCUAUUUCCCUGUUAUCAGACAUGGGCUCCCUCACAGCAGCUUUCUCAGGAUGCUCAGUACUGAUCCACAUCCAUGCCAGGUGACAAUGACCUAACAUUGCUUGGGAUGACCUGGGAUGAACUGAGGGCAUUUGGUGUCCUUGCAGACUGGGAGCGAUGUCUGAAGAAGUUAACACAAUGGACAAGGUGAUGGCCUGACUAUAACUAUAUAACUCCUUACAGUAUAUGCAUUGACCUAUAUAGUGAGAGGGGCAUUAACUUUCUGUACCAUUCAUUUAUACAGGAGCAGUCUUACAAGAGGGGGGAUUAGCUGUCACAAGGUGCCUUAAUUACACACCCACCUACCUUACAAGGUGCAUUACUUACCUACCUACUUAACAUACAGGGUGCCUUAAUGACCCAACCACCUAGUAUUACAAGGUGCCUUAGUUACCUACCCACUUAACAUACAGGGUGCCUUAAUGACCCAACCACCUAGUAUUACAAGGUGCCUUAGUUACCUACCCACUUAACAUACAGGGUGCCUUAAUGACCCAACCACCUAGUAUUACAAGGGGCCUUAGUUACCCACCCAUCUACCAUAUAAGGUGCCUUACAUACUCACCCACCUUCUAUUACAAGGUGCCUUCAUUACCCAUCUACCUACCAUACAAGGUUCUGUAGGUUUAAGGCGGUAACUUGGUUAGAGCCUGUAAGAUGACCUUGAUCUCACAGGUCGCAUUUUGUGCAUUUUAAGGAGGUUCAACGUAGAUACGCAUACAGUGAUUUUUUUUUUGUUAGCAUAUCAAAUGUAUAAUAUAUGUGUUAUAUCUAUGGCAUUUUUAUUAUGAGAACGUUGUUUAGAUUUGUCCUUAUUGCACCUUAAACCUCUCGCUGGUUUAAAAACGUAGUACAUUUCUCCAUGGCCAACAAAAUUCAGUAAGUGCUAAUCUAAAUCUUUAAAUGUAAUUAAGUAAACGGCAAGUUUUUGAUUUUACCAUCAUGAUAAAAGAAGGGACUAUCAAACCUGUGUUAAGGUGUAGCUGUGAGAAAUGUAAACGACUUUUCCAUAAUUGUUAAACUUACAGCAAUGCCAUGGAGAUGACAGAAUAUUAUAACAUAAUGCAAAAAUAAAUAUAUAUAUGUAUGCGUUUGAGGUUUAUACUCUGAGCAAUAACUGUCAAGGCUGCCCUACAACUGCCUGCUUUUAAAGCUGAUUGGUCACUGCUCUUGUGAAUAAUGUAGUCUUUUCUGCCUUGUGAGUGACUAAACACCAUAAGUUUAGGGCGUGCUGGGAUAUCUACACAGAUACAUUACACUCUCUAAAAUUCCUUCAGAUGAGUCUACGCAGGCGCGCGCCAUUGCAGGGGUUAAUCUAAUUUACAUGCUGUGCCCUGAAAUGCCUGGUAUGUAAAGGGAUAAAACGGGAACAAGAGCUUUUUUUUUAAUAAAAAAAUGAAUAUCACGAUCAAAAGCUCACUUUUUGGUAGCUAUGUCAUUGUGCAAAAAAAAAAAAUUCUGGUGUAACCAUUCCGUUUUAACUUAACUCUUAAAAUGCCAGACACUUGCGAUAUGCUGCUUUAGGCAAACGUUGCUUCAUCUCCUAUUACUUGUCUAUAAAUGUGGUGCUUUAUAUUUCGGCAGUGAUUCAAAAAAUUAUGACCGCUAAUUAUGCCCCAAAGGGUUAUCAUGCUUUAACUACUUAACAUAUAGAAACAUAUAUGGGUUCAAUGGGAAGAAUAAAUUGUGGACAAAAUUGUAAAAGUGAAGCAGUCACCAUGGGAACCAGUGGAAUGUUCUGUCUGACUGAUCCAUAUUUAGAACUUUGUCUGACCAUGGAACUAUUUUUAUCUCACCAGCACUUUUAAAUCUCCAUCAGAUGUCUUGAAAUACGAUAUAUGCAUGUAUAUAUGUAGAUACCUAUAUGCAAGCCAGAAUCAAUUGUUAUUAUUUCAAAUGUAAAAUUAAUUUUAACACAGUUUUCUUUAAAAAAAACCAUUUUUUUUAUAAUGUUGUAAUCAUUGAAAAAGGUGGAGAUUAGUUGAACAAUUUUCAUUAAGACUCAAGUGGAAAUUCUACCAAAAUGUGCAGGCUGUGUUCUGGGCACAUUAACACAUUGUGAAAACUGGACAUAUUAUGUAUGUAUAUAUUAGACAUUUUGUACAAUCUUUUUUGGUACCAUUUAAAAUAUUACAUGUUCAUGUUUUAUUUGCAAAAUUCUGUGUUCAAUAAAAUAGCUCAUUUAUUUAAAUGUAAGCAUUUUGCAAAAAAGUUACCAAAGUAUCUGUGUAUUUUCAAAAUAAAUAAAGUAUUCUUUUUUUU